AAGGCAAAAUCGAUCUCAUUCAAAAUGGCAUCAUCCACCGGAGAGAAAGGCCUCAUCGUGAGUUUUGGCGAGAUGCUCAUUGACUUUGUCCCUACCGUAUCCGGCGUCUCCCUCUCCGAAUCCCCCGGAUUUCUCAAAGCUCCCGGCGGUGCUCCUGCCAACGUUGCCAUCGCCGUGUCACGGCUAGGAGGUCGCGCCGCCUUCGUAGGAAAGCUUGGUGACGAUGAUUUCGGCCACAUGCUCGCCGGAAUCUUGAGAAAGAACGGUGUCGCGGAUGAGGGGGUCAAUUUCGACAAAGGAGCAAGAACUGCACUCGCUUUUGUGACUCUGCGUUCCGAUGGAGAACGAGAGUUUAUGUUUUACCGGAACCCCAGCGCCGAUAUGCUUCUCCGGCCAGACGAACUGAAUCUUGAACUAAUCAGAUCCGCGAAAGUGUUUCACUAUGGAUCAAUAAGUUUGAUAACGGAGCCAUGUAGGUCGGCUCACAUGAAAGCAAUGGAAGUGGCGAAAGAAGCCGGAGCUCUUCUCUCCUACGACCCCAACCUCAGGGAACCUCUAUGGCCAUCGCCUGAAGAAGCUCGGACUCAGAUCAUGAGUAUCUGGGACAAGGCUGACAUCAUUAAGGUCAGUGACGUGGAGCUUGAGUUCUUGACCGAAAACAAAACGAUGGAUGACAAGACGGCAAUGUCUCUAUGGCAUCCCAAUCUGAAGCUCUUGCUUGUUACUCUCGGCGAAAAGGGAUGUACUUAUUUCGCAAAGAAAUUCCAUGGAACUGUUGAAACUUUCCCUGUGGAUGCGGUGGAUACUACCGGAGCUGGUGAUUCUUUCGUUGGUGCGUUUCUGCACCAGAUUGUUGAUGAUCAAUCAGUACUCGAGGAUGAAGUGAGAUUGAGGAAAGUUUUGAGAUUUGCAAACGCUUGCGGAGCCAUCACGACGACUAAAAAGGGAGCCAUUCCAGCUCUUCCCUCAGAUAGUGAAGCUCACAGCUUUCUUAAAGACAAAAAGAAACGUCAAACUUAUCUCAAGUUCUCAAAAUUAUGUUGUACGGCUUCUCCUUGUCAAUUGUGA